ACAUAAAGCAAUUCUAGAGUGCUUUUUCUCUAAACACUUUUUUCAAACAACUUAACUUCUUUCAAUUGUGAAGAGAAAUGAUGUUAAAAAUAUGAAAAAUCUUAAAGCCUUACUGGGAAAUGCGGAGGAUUCUCCUAAAAUUGUGAAACCAUACAUGCAGGAAACAUCUGCUCUCUUGAAAAACUUCAAUCCAUUAGAACGAUACAAUUUAAAGGAAAACUUCAAUGCCCUCGCAAGCUUUGAAAAUGGGGAGAAAGUCUGGACCGAAGAUGCCUUCGUUACCUUUUUUGGGAUUCCUGAUACCUUGCAGCUUUCUUCGUUUUUUUAUCGAGCAGCCUGCUGUUUUGGUUACCAUCAUCAUAAGCAUCGCUGCUUAACGUUUUCAGCUCUUUCGAGGUUCUUAGCGUGUUUUACGAAACGACAUCAGAAUGUAUGGAGCGACAACGAACGACUAUUACUUAUUUUUCAUAGUUGGUGUGACUCAGUUCCUCAGGAAAAUAAGAGUAUACUCAACGAAGUUCAUGAAAGAAAAACGGCUCAGGAUGUAGGGAAAAAGUCACUUGACCCAAAGAAUUUGCCUCGUAUGCGAAUUACAAAAUUUCACCGAGUUUGUGUGUUAGUAUUAUGCAUCGUCGAUCUUCAGCCGGGUGAAUCCAUUGGUUACCAUAUAAACGAAAUUUCAAGCCCAUAUUAUGAAAAAGCAGAGAAAGUUGCUGAUUCUUUAAUUUCUGGCAUUAACAAAGACGGGACAAAUCAAUUUCUGCUUUUCGACGACUUUAUAACUUUUCUAGAUGAAAAUGUGUUCUUCCUUGAUCAUCUGGGGUAUCUGUUUGACUAUAUCUUCUAUUCACAUCCACAGUAUGCUCAACCAGCUCAGGAUAACAGUUUAUGUUUCAGAAACUUCUCUGUCUUGAACCCCCUUCUUUAUGCCCAAUUAUGCUUAUUUAUUCCUAAUCCUUCACUUAAUUACAAAAACUUAACUUGUCUUUUUAAUGCUAAUUGUCAUGGUUACUCAAUGUCCGCAAUUGAACGUCAUGUGUUGAAUUUUUACGAACCUACUAUCCUACUGCUUAAAGGUCAUAAAAUUCCUGAGAAGAAAAGGAAUUCUCGACAAUUCACUUUUGAAAACACAUAUCCUAGAAAGUAUCCGAAUGCUCCCCAUCCAUGCGCGACGAUAUUAGGAUUAUUGGAGAAUCAUGAACCUGAAGAAGAAUCUUCGAUUGUCCUUGGUGCAUACAUAACAACUCCAUGGAAGCAGUCUCAUUCUGGGGGUUUCGGUAAUUCAGAUUCUCUACUAUUUCAGCUCCGCUCAAGACAUCAAGUUUUUCGAGCUACGGGAAAGGAUUCCAAUUGCUGUGUAUUUGAUAAAAAUUUAGGUAUAUGCUUUGGGCUCAGGCGGAACCAUGUUACGAAUAAACUGCAACUCGAAAGCCCCGGGGUAUCUAUGCUAAUCGACGACAAUUUGGAGUAUGGGUUUUUUAGACAUGCUGGGCAUGGGACAUUCGGAGAAGGGAAGCAAUUAACGGGAGUAUUGUUUGAAGAAAGAUUUCUAAUUCAUGAUCUUGAAAUUAUCGGAAUCAAACAUUCGUCCGGUAUGAAAAAUACGAUUAAGCUUGGAAAAUGAGCUUUGACUGAAUCUAUUGAAAAAGUAGAUGAAUGAUAGUUUAUGAGAGAUUAAAUUCUCGUUUUCUAAGGUUCGCUUGCUAAUGUUGUUACACUUAUUGUUUAUUUUAUAUUGCAUUCUUUAAUUCUACUUUGCUUAAUAGCGUUUAAUGAAGUAUCAUCAUCUCCAGCUGCUGCGAUAUAAGGGCUUUUGCUUUUCUUUUGCUUGUUGUCCUCCUUCCCAUCGUCGUCUACCCUUCUUUCUCUCUUCUUCGUUUCCUUUUGGUUUUCCUUCUCCCUUGCCUCUUGUACUUCACUGGGUUCGGGCAGUUCAGCAAGUUGAUGAAUGAAAUCCCAUUCAUCUUUAUUGACUUUGGAAAUACUAAGUCGUGCCCGAUUAAGUAAGGACAUAUGUGAAAGCUUUCCAUUAAUAUGCAUUUUUAAUUCCCUAAGAGUUACAGGCCUUUUAAAAGGAUAUCGUGAUUGUACACCUACCGAGUACCAUCGCGGCUUUUCCUUGGUUGAUUUGGGAUCAUAGUAGGGAUCAUUCGGGUCCCAGCAAGAAUCUUCAAGUAGGUUAAAAUACUGUCGAAAUAAGCAGGUUGCACUUACCAUCCGGAUGAGGUUCUGAGCAAAUCUAGACAAAAAAUUGUGUUAGUAAAAGGACUAUGUGUCAUACUCUUGAAUGAAUGGAUAAAAAUCUAAAUAGACUCUAGGUAAUGCAUCCACUGUAGCUUAAGAAGUAUUUUGUGAUCCUUUUCAAAUCCAUUCAAUAUUGAAAAUCGAGUUACCUCCAUUACUCCUUGAAAUGCAUGUCAGUAUUCUAGCUAUAAAGAUUGAAACCGUUCACUUACCUCUAAUAUGAGGGAAUUUACAAUUGGAACAGUAAAGGAACGCAUAAUCACCUAUAGACAUUUGAUCUCGAAUCAUAUUACGAGCCUCAUAAUUUCUGACACCGCUCCAAGACUCCAUCUUUCCUUCUUUUGUAAUUUUUUCCAGCAUCUCAAAUGUGAAUGCAACGUCAAUGCCUUUAACAAUACGGGACUCACCUUCAGCUUUCAUGAGCCAGUAUUUUCGAUUACCGCCUUCCCUGUCUGCCAUUUUAGUGCAAUUUCAGAUUAUAAUGAAACUUCCACCAAGCUGUAGAAUAUAAGGAAAGAGAAAGGGUAGAAAGAUAAUUGAAAUGUUUCGACCACCGUUCGGGAGUAACUGUUUGGUAAUAACACA